CCCACACCUGCCCGACGAUAACCAAACCCCACCUGGAGAUGGAUCGCGCUAGUUACCUCCCGAGCCCGAAGCAUCUCUAUAAAAUGGGAGCGGAUCACCGUGGUCUGAUCUGUUUGCAUCGAUCAAUUCCAGUUUGAUCUCCCCCCUCAAAACAAGACAUACGAUAUCAAGAAUGGCCAAGUGGGAAGAACUCGUUAAGGCGAAGCGUGAGGCUCUCGCAAACCAGAUCCCUUCCGAGUGGAAGUUGCAGAGCCCUCCCUCCGAGGAUGAGAAGCGUGUGAUUGACUUCCCCGAGAAGUCCGGUCUCUUCACCAAGGAGGAGCUUGAGAUCACCGGCCUCGACGCCGCUACCCUCGUCAAGAAGCUCCAGGCCCGCGAGCUCAAGGCCUACGACGUCGCCAAGGCUUUCUGCCACCGCGCCGCCGUUGCCCAGCAGCUCGUUAACUGCUGUGCCGAGAUCUUCUUCGAGAAGGCCCUCGCCCAGGCCAAGGAGCUCGACGACUACUACGAGAAGAACGGUAAGCCCAUCGGCCCCCUCCAUGGUCUUCCAGUCUCCUUGAAGGACCAGUUCCGUGUCAAGGGUGAGCAGUGCGCUAUGGGAUACGUCGGAUGGAUCGGCAAGAAGGACGAGAAAGAUUCUGUUUUGACCGAGUGCUUGAGGUCCGCCGGUGCUGUCUUCUACGUCAAGACUACCGUUCCUCAGUCUCUCAUGGUUGGUGAGACUUUGAACAACAUCACCGGCCGUACCGUCAACCCUUACAACCGCGGUCUUUCCUGCGGUGGUUCCUCCGGUGGUGAGGGUGCCCUCGUCGGUUUCCACGGUUCUCCCAUUGGUGUCGGAACUGACAUUGGUGGUUCUAUCCGUAUGCCUGCUGCUUUCAACGGUCUUUUCGGUAUCCGUCCCUCGCACGGACGUAUGCCUUACGCUGGUGCCGCCAACUCCAUGGAGGGUCAGGAGACCGUCCACUCCGUCUGUGGACCUAUGGCUCAUACCGCUGAGUCCUUGACUGAGUUCCUCAAGGGUGUCUUGUCCCAGCACCCCUGGGACUUUGACCCCAAGGUCAUCGAGCUCCCCUGGCGCCAGGAGAUCUACGAGGAGGCUCGUGUCGCUAAGAAGCUCCGUAUCGGUAUCUUGACUACCGACGGUGUCGUCGACCCCCAGCCUCCCAUCAAGCGCGGUCUCGAGCAGACCCGCAAGGCUCUCGAGGCUGCCGGCCACGAGGUCGUCGAGUUCGCUCCUAUGGACCACGCCCGUGGUGUCGACAUCAUCAACCGCAUCUACGUCGUUGACGCCGGUAAGGACAUCCAGAACGCCCUCGAGGCUUCCGGUGAGCCCAUGAUCGACAACCUUAAGGUCCUUGUCGACUUGGACAACAUGUCUACCCCUCUCACCAUCAACCAGGGCUGGGACCUCAACCUCGAGAAGUACAAGUACCAGUCUGAGUACCUCGAGUACCUCAAGAAGAACCCCGUCGAUGCAUUCAUCAUGCCCGUCGCUCCUCACGCCGCUGUCAGGCACGACCACUACUUCUACUACGGUUACACCUCCAUCAUCAAUUUGCUCGACUACACCUCCGUUGUCUUCCCCGUCGGUUUCCAGGACCCUUCCAUCGACAAGAAGGACGAGUCCUACAAGCCCAGGUCUGACUUGGACAAGCAGGUUUACGAGGACUAUGUUCCUGAGCUCUACGAUGGCGCUCCUAUCUCCCUCCAGAUUGUUGGCAGGAGGUUAACUGAGGAGAAGGUUCUUGGUUUUGCUGAGGUUGUUGCUAAGGCCUUGAAGGCUCAGGCUUAAAUUG